GUCCAGCAGUGACAUAUCCCCCCUCCAAACACUAUAAUGCUCACACACACCACGGUCCCCCACUCCCCCCUCUACCUAUCGUGAUGGCGUCUCCAACGACUACUGAGACUGCCCCGAAUUUAUCCACAGAGGCAUUGAGGCAGCUUAACGCACCUGAUUCCGACCUUCUAUCCCAGUCAGACGACACUGAAAUUGAGCCGCAACAACCUGAAACCCAGGAUGCAUCAAAGGCAGCAACUAAUCCAGAGAACGAGCCGGACAUAUUGAUUGUGGACUGGGACGGUCCUGACGAUCCGGCAAAUCCAAGAAAUUGGAGCACGAGGACGAAAUGGGCAGCGGCAGCGACGGUCUCCGCGUUCACAUUCAUCUCGCCCAUUUCCUCGUCCAUGGUGGCCCCGGCCGUUUUCCAAAUUGGAGCAUCAUGGGGCAUUACAAGCAGCUUCGAAUUGUCGCUGAUGGUCUCCGUCUUCGUCCUCGCAUACGCCGUCGGUCCGCUAUUUCUAGGGCCUCUUAGCGAGAUCUUCGGUAGAACCAUCGUGCUCCGCGGCGCCAACCUUUGGUAUCUCGUGUGGAAUUUGGGCUGCGGGUUUGCUCAAAACAAAGGCCAAUUAAUCGCAUUCCGUUUCAUGGCUGGGCUGGGCGGCAGUGCACCUCUUGCAACCGGUGGUGCUGUCCUCGGUGACCUCUGGAAGCCAGAGCAGCGUGGCCAAGCCAUAGCAAUCUAUUCACUCGCACCGUUGCUGGGGCCUGCCAUCGGUCCUGUGGCAGGCGGUUGGAUUGCUGAGCGAUCAACAUGGCGUUGGGUUUUCUGGUCCACGUCCAUCGCCGCCGCCGUAAUCCAGGGAUUCGGACUCAUCUUCCUGAAAGAAACGUUUGCGCCUCUACUCCUCGAUAGGAAAGCAAAGCUCAUUCGGGCGAAGAUGGAUGCCGAGAAGGGCGGCGUGCGACCUGUGAAAACAAUCUAUCAGAUGAACAGCAAAAACCAGACCUUUGGUGAAUUUGUGCAGAAGGCACUCGUCCGGCCCUUCGUCCUUUUUGCGCAGGAGCCAAUUAUUCAGCUUUUUGGCCUUUACCUGGCAUUUAUCUACGGCGUAAUUUAUCUCACGUUGACCACAAUACCUGGGAUUUUCACCAACGUGUAUCAUGAGGAUGCAGGUAUAGGAAGCUUAAAUUACAUUGCCCUUGGUAUAGGCUUGUUCGCUACCUCGCAAGUGAACGCGCGUUUGCUUGAUAAAAUCUACAUCCGCCUCAAGAAGCGCAACAACGGGAUCGGACGGCCAGAGUUCCGUUUACCCACCGUCUUUCCUGGUGUCAUCCUGAUUCCUCUCGGGCUCCUGAUGUCAGGAUGGGGGGCCAAGAGGCAUUCGCAUUGGCUUGUUGUCGAUUUUGGCUUAGGGUUCCUGGGGUCGGGUAUGAUUUUGACAUUUCAAGGCAUGCAGACGUACGUUAUCGAUGCGUUUACUCUAUAUGCCGCUUCAGCUCUGGCAGCGGUGUCGUUCUUCCGAUCAUUAGCAGGCUUCGGCUUCCCGCUAUUCGCACCGGCGAUGUAUGAUGCGCUAGGAUACGGAGUCGGCAAUACAAUCUUGGCCGCGGCCGCCCUAGUCAUCGGGCCUCCAGCCGUAUGGUGUUUCUGGCGAUACGGCGAGAAGAUACGGGGCAUGAGCAAACACGCGAAGAAAUCCGCAUUGAGAAUGGCCCAGAUGGAUGCUAUGCGAAAAUGAAUGCGUUGGAUAUCGAUGAUUAUUAUGUCUGCGUCCCCUAUCUCGUACCUAUAUACCCACCACACACAUAUUCCCGCUUUUCCCUGGUUUCCUAGCCGCUGAACGUUCUCCUUUCUGACAUUACGGCUCCGAGAUGACUGGUGAUGAUAUCCCACGCACUGCAAUGCUACCAUUAGCACAGGACUACCUAGUACUUUCACUACCACGUAUAAUUAGCUGCCCAUACUAGUAGGAUGCUUGUUUGCGGACGUCUUUGAAUCGACUCGGAUUUGAU